AUGUUCGACUUUCUCUCAUUGAACGUGUUUCAUCAAGAUCUCAAUGAAGCUUAUACAACAGGUCGAUUGUCAUGUGAAGAUGGUUCUGCUUUACGUUAUAUUGACUAUGCUAUCAUCGAACAGCAAACACCUAUGACUGCUGCUAGUACUUUUUGGCUUGAUUCUCUUCGUGAUUGUAAAAUUGAUCAUCAUUUGUCAUUGCCGUUUGAUCGACAUCGUGUUUCUGAUGAACAUCGAACUGGUCGUGGCAUAUCAGCUUCUUUUAGUUUUAGUGAACAUCUUUCACGAACCUUUAUUGCUUAUGCUUCAAUGAGUAAAAUAACACUCGAGAAUAUGGCCCUUGCUAGCUAUUAUGCCUUUUUGUUCAAGUUAACUAAUGGAGAAAAAGAUUUGUGUAUCGGAAUGAAUACUCGUGGUCGUUAUAAGCCUGAACUAAUGCCGAUAAUUGGAAUGUUCGUAAAUGUAAUUCCUUUGCGAUGUAAACUCGAUCCUUGUUGGUCAUUUGCUCGACUUGUAAAGGAGGUGCAUCAAAUGGCAACUGAUAGUUCGCAUUAUUCUUACUUUCCUCUUCAACGUAUUCUUGCUCAACAUCCACUUGUAUCUAAGCCUGCUUUUCUUGACACAUCUUUUCAAUUUGAUUCGAAUACAACUCAGAACAUGAGCAAUGAGAUUAUUCUUGAUGAUGUCCGUUUGUCUCUCGUACCUUAUUCAACCAAAAUUGGAACGGAUGAAAUUAGCGAAGUCUAUCCAUGGUGA